CCUUCUCGUCGCUCGAUCCUCUCACUUCGGAAGCCGAACCAUUCACAUCACCCUACCUAUCCACUUCAAGACCGAUGGCUGGAGUCGCCGGAGUUCCUUCGCCGGCGAUCAAAGUUGCAGCACUUUGCGGCUCGUUGCGCAAAGGUUCAUUUAACCGAGGCCUUAUCCGUUCUGCAAUCGAGCUGAGCAAAAGAGACAUUAAGGGCAUGGAAAUUGAGUACAUCGAUAUCUCUGCCCUACCUAUGCUCAACACUGAUCUUGAGAGUAACGGCACUUAUCCUCCUGAGGUUGAAGAUUUUCGCCGGAAGAUUCUCGCCGCCGAUAGUGUUCUUUUCGCUUCUCCGGAGUAUAAUUACUCUCUCACAGCUCCAUUAAAGAAUGCAAUUGACUGGGCAUCAAGGCCACCCAAUGUGUGGGCCAACAAAGCUGCCGCCAUUGUCAGCGCCGGAGGAAGCGCCGGAGGAGCUAAAGCGCAGUACCAUCUUCGUCAGGUUGGAGUGUUCAUUGAUCUUCAUUUCAUCAACAAGCCUGAGUUCUUCCUCAAUGCAUUUCAGCCUCCUGCAAAGUUCAAUGCUGAUGGCGAUUUGCUUGAUGAAGAAGUCAAAAAUAAGCUCAAGAAGGUUCUUCUUUCUUUGAUGGAAUUUACUCUCAGACUUCAAGGCAAAGCCUGAUGAUCUCAUAUGAACAGCUUGAACCCUCACAAAUAUUGAGGAUUUAUAGAAUGAUGUAAGUUGUGGAUUUCAGAUUCUGAAUCAUAUUACUAACAUUGCCUCGCAAUUUCUGUGUAAGGUUUAUCAUUUGCCUUGAGUGAAAUCUUUCUGUUCAAUAAUACUGAUUGAUUCAACAUGUAUAAUGUAUACAAGAGAUAAUCACAUUGGUCUAGCUCAUGUGCA